GCUGCAGAGGAGCCAAGGCGGCCGACGUCACCCUGCUCCGGAGCUGGGCAUCGCACUCCGAUUCACCCUGGAGGCGGGAGGGGAGGGGGAGAGGAGGAGGAGGAGCGGGGCUGGAGAGCCCGAGGCUGCUGCAGCUGCAGGGAAGGGGGCGAAGGGCGGCCCCAGCGCCAUGCUGUCCCUGCGCAAAGUUGGGCUGCUCGCUUGCAUUCCGCGCCCCGCGUAAGGAAGCCGCAGCGGGCCUUUGGUCCCGCGGUCGCCGCCUCCUGCACCCCAUCCGUCCCUGCCGGUCUCUGGUAAAUGGAUGCUGACAUGGACUACGAAAGACCUAACGUUGAGACCAUCAAGUGUGUGGUUGUUGGGGACAACGCAGUGGGCAAGACGCGCUUGAUCUGUGCGAGAGCAUGCAACACCACCCUGACCCAGUACCAGCUGCUAGCAACUCACGUACCUACCGUCUGGGCAAUUGAUCAAUACCGGGUCUGCCAAGAGGUCCUCGAACGUUCUCGUGAUGUUGUUGAUGAAGUGAGUGUUUCUCUCAGGCUGUGGGACACAUUUGGAGAUCACCACAAAGAUCGCCGUUUUGCUUAUGGGAGGUCUGAUGUUGUCGUCCUGUGUUUUUCGAUUGCUAACCCCAAUUCCCUGAAUCAUGUGAAGACCAUGUGGUGUCAAGAAAUCAAACACUUUUGCCCUCGCACGCCUGUCAUUCUGGUUGGCUGCCAACUGGAUCUCCGAUACGCCGAUUUGGAAGCUGUAAACCGAGCCAGAAGGCCACUGGCCAGGCCUAUCAAAAGGGGUGACAUCUUGCCACCUGAAAAAGGUAGAGAGGUUGCAAAGGAGCUUGGGAUACCAUACUAUGAAACCAGCGUAUUCGACCAGUUUGGCAUCAAGGAUGUGUUUGAUAAUGCAAUUAGAGCCGCACUGAUUUCCAGGAGACACCUUCAGUUUUGGAAGUCACAUCUGAAGAAAGUCCAGAAACCUUUGCUUCAGGCUCCGUUUCUACCUCCGAAAGCACCUCCUCCGGUGAUCAGAAUCCCGGAGUGUCCCACCACCAGUAUCAACGAAGCUGGCUACUUAUUAGACAACCCUUUGUGCGCAGACGUCAUGUUUAUCCUUCAGGAAAACACUCAGAUUUUUGCUCAUAAGAUCUACCUAGCUACCUCCUCUUCCAAGUUUUAUGAUCUCUUUUUAAUGGAAUGUGAAGAAACCUCAGACCUGGUGGAGUCCCACUGUAAUAAAGAAAAGACCAAUAGAAGCCUGUUGGCCAGAGUGUGUAGUCUUGAGACAGACAGUGAUGGUGAAGCUUUGAAUGCCAAAGUUUUGUCUUCAGCAGAAAGUUACGACACUUUGGGAAAGCUGGAGCUUGAAGCAGGGGAUGCUGGUUGCCUCAAACGUGCACUGGCUUCUUGGGGCAAAGGGUUUGUUAGCAUGCAUAAGGAAGUGCGAGUCAACCCCGUUUCAAAGAGGCCCUGCACUGUGACCAUUGUCAAGAUGGACUCUUCUGUUCAGCCAGGACCUUUUAAAACCGUCUUGCAGUUUUUGUACAUGGGGCAGCUGGACGAAAAUGAAAAAGAUCUGACCAGGGUAGCUCAGAUCGCGGAGAUACUGGAAGUCUUUGACUUGCGGAUGAUGGUAGAGAACAUCACCAACAAAGAAGCCUUCAUGAAUCAGGAAAUUACAAAGGCAUUCCAUGUCCGGAAAGCUAAUAGGAUAAAGGAAUGCCUCUGCAAAGGGACAUUUUCUGAUGUGACAUUUAAGUUAGAAGAUGGAAACAUAAAUGCCCAUAAGCCACUACUGAUUUGCAGUUGCGAAUGGAUGUCUGCAAUGUUUGGAGGCUCAUUUGUGGAAAGCUCAAACAGUGAGGUUCUGCUUCCAAACAUAAACAAGACAUCCAUGCAAACCGUUCUGGAUUAUCUGUACACCAAGCAGCUAUCUUCCAGUCAGGAGUUGGACACGCUUGAAUUAAUUGCACUGGCAAACAGAUUGUGCCUCCCACACUUGGUCGCACUCGCAGAGCAACACGCAGUGCAAGAGCUGACCAAAACGGCAGUGAGCGGCGUUAGCAUAGAUGGCGACGUACUGUACUAUUUAGAAAUAGCCCAGUUCCACAAUGCUAACCAGCUAGCAGCUUGGUGCUUGCACUAUAUCUGCACCAACUACAACAGUGUUUGUUCCAAGUUCCGCAAGGAAAUCAAAACAAAAUCUCCUGAUAAUCAGGAAUAUUUUGAGAGACACCGCUGGCCCCCUGUGUGGUAUCUGAAGGAAGAAGAUCAUUACCAGCGGGUCAAAAGGGAAAGAGAAAAGGAAGACAUUGCUCUGAAUAAGCAUCACUCGAAACGCAAGUGGUGCUUCUGGAAUUCCUCCACAGUUGUUGCCUGAGGCAGGAGAGCAAGCCAAGCGUGACUCAGAGAAGCCCCACUGCUUUGAAAGAGGUCUCAUUAGAAAAGAAGCCAGUGUGAACCCAAGUGCCAUUGAAAUGAAUGGGGGUUGCCCAAGCAGUGCUGCUUCUGUAGCUGCCAUUCAUAUCAGUGGAGCUUCCGCAGGGGAAGAUACUGGCCAACGCAGGGUUGAGGGGCUGGCUCUUAUUCUACCCGUGUGCAUUUAUCAUCUGGAAGAUCAGAAAGCACAAGCUCACUGGACAUGAGUGUGAAACAGCUCCUUAAAAUUCCUUUUACUAAUUUUUUUAGUUAAUAAGCUAAAAUAAUAUUUCAACCAGUAUCACGUUUCUUCUUUUUUUAAAAAAAAAAGAUGCAAAAACAACAAAAUCCAGCAUUAAUCUCCCAAGUGGGAAAGUAUUUUUAUACAGUUUUGUGUGUGCGCGCGCACAUAUGUAUGUGCGCGUGCUUUUGUGUAUGUACAUCUAAAGGUCUUUAACCAAAAUUUCUAAAUUCUUUUCUUUUACAGUCAACAAAGUAACCAUGUAAGUCAGCUUUUAAUUUAGGUUGUGUCUUCUCCCCUAUUCCACUUUGCAAGCACAGUGAAAUACGAAUAAUAUCUCCUAUUAGCCUCUCUGGUAGCAACUGCGAACCUAGCAACAAACUGACUUUGCUAGGAAGCUAUUUUUUUCCCCACUUUCAAGAUCUGUGUAUUCGUAAAAAUGAGAUCCUUCUUUCCUUCCCUUUUCCCUUCUGAAUAAUGGGGAGUCAAAAACCUUUAUUCGGCUGAAGAAUAUGAGGUGUAAUUUAUCUCUCUAUCUGCAUUGCUGAAAUGGUCAUCUCCAGUGUUUGCCAUGUAAGAGCAGAAUUGCAGUAGCCGUGUGAAAUUUCACCAUUCUAUUUUUAUGUAUUUCUGGGCUUGAAAAUUUCUAUUUUUAAGAGGAUCAUUCUAAAAAAAAUUAGAAAAGCUUAUGAUAUUAAUGUUUCUCUAUUAACUGCAAAUUUGCUAAGGGUCUACAUUCUAAAAAGUAGUAUUUUCAGUUCUCUCACGUUGUCUAUGCCUGCUUUAUUUUAAAAAAGGAAAAUGUUCCAGAACACUGGUAAACCUUUGCUUCAUUGUGAGUAUCCACUUGUUAAAGGGCUGCUGAUAAUAAGCUGAUCCUUUCUAUUUCCAUUAUUUCCCUAACAAAAAGCGACCGUCCAAAUUGCUAGCUCAGUUCCAGAAAAGAAGUGAAAGCAGCCAUGGGCUAGACAUAUGCUUGUCUGGGGAUUCCGUGUGCAUCAUAGCAUUUAUAAACACACUUCCCAGAGAAAACAAGUCAUUUGCAUGCAGAGUUUGUACGCCAGUAAUCCGUGCGUGCUGGUUGGCCAACUCAUUUAGUAAGCCCAAUUUAUACAUGCAUGGGAUACGUGAGAAAUCCUCUUGAGAGGCAAGUGUUUCCCUCAUGGCUCCUGGUACUUUUGGCUAUGAUUUGGUUCAGAAAAUGAUUUAGUUGUGGUUUGGUUCAGAAAAUAUUCUUACAGAGCACAGGGGCAUAAAACUGCCAGGCACAUAGAACCCCUACCUGGGCAUGCAUGUUACUAUUCGUUUCCGGCAAGUCCUUUUUUCCCCCAGUAAAAGUUUACAAGUAUUGGUAGUCUUCAGAUAUUCUGAACAUGGUAUUCCACACCGACAUCAAAAAAGUCCAGACUUUUUCCUGAAUUUUGGGGUGGUUACAAACAUGCAUAAACAGACCCGCUUCCAGUGCUUUACAGCCUCCUGUACUCAGCUGUUGGCCCUCUUGAUGUUGUAUUAGGUCAGGGGUGUCCAACUCUGGCGCAUCAGAUGUCCAUGGACUACAGUUCCCAUCAGCCCCUGCUGGCAUGGCCAGUUGGCCUCUGUAUUAGUUAUAGACACCUUGUAUUAGGUAUAGACAUCUUGUCCGGGUAAGAGAGCCUGAGACAUAGCAAGUUAGACUUCAGAGUCCUGAAUUCACUCAUUACCACCAUUCAACUGCAAAGUUUAUUUCUGUGACCUCGGGCAAGUCUCACUCACUGCUUAUCCUGCCUCACUGGCUUGUUGUGAGGAUGAAAGGAGAGAACUCACAUUUUCUUCCGCGAGAACCUUGGAGGAAUGAUGGAGUACAAAUAUAAUGAAUAAGAGAGCUUUUGCCCAUGAAGCCGAAAGACUAAAAAGUUGCAGUUCACAGCCUACAAGCUCUCUUCCUGGUCUUUAGAUACCUAGAAGGAAGAUUCUUUAAAUGGCUGUGAGUAUUCAGUUUGGGCAGUGUUAAGUGAGAGUAGAUCUAGGUCAGGGUCACUGUGGUGCCUGUGUUUUUUUCCUGGUGCCCAGGAUUUUUAGAAAGAGCUUUUGCCCUGCAUGUCUUCUAAUUGGCCCUUGGAGAUGUGAUCAUUCAUGCAGAUUUUUUAAUAUUGGUUUGCAGCAGCUGCCACCAUAGUACAAGGACCUUUACUGUUCCUUAUAGUGGACCUCCUCUGACCUCCCAAUGCUAUAUCAACAUGUUAUGAGGCUUUCCCCAUUUCCUUCCCCUUUGAGGAAAGGGAAACCAGCAUUGCGAUGACUUCACAUUACAGCUAUUACAGGGCACAAGCAAGUGGAUAAUUAUCAUGAGGUAGUUGCUGGGGUAAUGUCUGGACCAUCCUGCAAUUUCACUACAGAAAAUGGUUGCUCAGCAGAGUAUAUUAUACUUGGUCUACUGUAUAGGGACAAGAUCAGUGGUGGGAUUCAGCAGGUUCGCACCACUUCGGCAGAACCGGUUGUUAAAAUGGUGCUUGUAAACAACCAGUUAUUAAAUUAUUUGAAUCCCAUCACCAGAACCAGUUGUUACAUUAUUUGAAUCCCACCACUGGACAAGAUGCUUGUCCAUCUGUGCUGUAUACAAGUCUAUCGAAUGUGUCAAUUACAGAGGUGCCAGUUGUAUUGAUUUGGAGGAUUCUCUUCCCCGCGGCCAUUUCAGCAUAGCUGUGGGGAAAUAACUGUCUCUUUUGUAUAAUUUUAGACAGCAGUGAUUUCAGAUACCAUUGCUGAGGCCAGGGGCGACUGCAUAGUGAAAACAAUCAAACUUUGCAAAAUAAUUCAGGUCCUGGGUGGCAGAUGCCAUCCCAGAGAUGGUAGAAUCUCUGCUUAGAAAUCUGAUGAAGGGAUUCCGCCGUUGCAGAAAUGCCUGUGUAAAUAGAAAUCAAGAGACCAGCUCUAUCACUUACAACAAAUAUUGUACUGUGAUAAAGAAGGGCUACGAAAAGACUUGUAAAUUAAUUCCUGGUGAAUGGAACCGGACAGAGGAGGGAAUGAUAGAAGGAGGGGGAAAUGGCUAUCAAGACCUGGAAUUAAUAUCUGCUGAAUCUCAAACUAUGCAUGAUGUCAACAGACCUGUGUUUUGAAACUUAGGGCAUGUUCCAAUCAAGUUUCAAAGAGGGAGGCAGGAGCCAAGUGCCAUGUGAGUGGGGUUACCAAACCUCCCUUUAUCCAUGGUCUUCUGAUCCCAGUUCUAAGAAUAUCUUUCAGGAGAGGCUAAAGGGAGGUGUGUUAUCCUCACCCACAUUGGCCCCCUUUGCUCUGAACAGUGGACUCUACCUCCCACUGUUGUUAUAACUGGAGCCAGGCCUGGUUUCAAACAAACAGGCCUGUCUGCACUUGAAUCAAGUUUGCACCUCGGUCAUAAAUGUUAGUAGGUUGUGUUUUUGAGUAUUAUUAUUACUAGGUUUUAUAAAACCAAAGCUACUGUAUGAUUGUAACCUUGCCAAACUUACAUGGAUACACAGUAAACGAACCAGGGGUAUAUGCAAUAAUCAUUGGCUGUAUUAGUUAUCAGCUACUUUAACCAAGUGGCUGGUUCAUUUGGUUAAUUCUGCCUAUGGCCUUUAACCUUGGUGGGGUUUUGUUGUUGUUUUUUAUUUUGCAGACAAUAAUAAUAAUAAAA